AUGAGUAGCCGACCACGGGGUGGGCGUGGGUUGACCAGCCGCGAAGGCAAGGAAGCAGAUCUUGAGAACGAUUAUCUGAGUCGAGUGAUCGAGGGUCUGAGGAAAGCACAAAGCUACAAUGAUCAGUCCAAACGCAUAGGACAGGAGAUUAUGGCUCUGGAGGAAGACAUCAAGGCAGCUGGACAUUCUACCCCUGAUAACCACCGACGACUCGAUGCUCUGUACCGGGAAAUGCUCAAGUGCGCAGAGAACGAAAAGAAGGUACAGGACGACGAGGACAUCAUCAACCUUCUCGCUGUCCUUGCGACGAUGAAGUCUCCGGAUGAACCUGCUCCUAGAAACGGAGUAGGCAAAUCACGUAAGCACCAAAGACCAGUCGUCGAGUCAGACGUGGUGGUCGAAUCACCUGGUCCGAGCCCUGGGGAAGGUCGUUUGGAGAUGAUGAAACGCGUCAAGGGAGCCACACAGCGCAGUUCCAGCACGGCUAGCCAAAACCGAGCCGCAGCAGUCCCGAAGGAUGAUGGUGUCGAAAUGCAUAAAGGAGUCCAAGCAGAACGUGCUGGUCAACUUGUUGCUGGGAGCGAAGUAUUCUAUAAAUAUCCCAAGGAGCUGCAAGAACAGGAAGAAGGCGUUGGCAUUCAUGGUAUCAUCAAAAAGGUGUGGCAGGACAAGAAACCCAUCCAAUACGAUGUUAGAGACCCGGAAGACGACCCUUCCGGCAAACAGGUGGUUCGAAAAGCAACAGCCAGGGAUCUUGUACCCAUCCCGCAACCCGCGCAGACCACUGCCCAAUUCCCGACUGGCGCCAAUGUGUAUGCGAAGUACCCGGACACGGAUACAUUCUACCGAGCCAAGGUCAAGAGCUUUCAGAAGACUACGUAUAGCCUCAAAUUCGACGAGGAUGAUAAGGAGAUGCUUGUCGAUGCGGGAUUUGUCUUGGACCCUCGGAUGAGAUGA